AUAGCGGUCGCUGGACUAGAUUCGCAGUAUAUGUAUUUUUUUAGUUUAUUUAAUAACAUACAGUACGAAGAAGAAUAUUAUUGAAAUACAACAAAAUAAAGGUUAUUUACAAUUCAUUUAACAUAGUUUGGUGCGGGAAAAAAAUUCGAGUAUUGUAGUGGUGAAUUGCUCGUCUCCAAGUACUUCUUCAACAUUACUUGGUGUGUUUGGAUUGGAAUCAUUGUAGUUAUUGGCUUUCUAUUUAUCGAUAAAAAAAGUUCGCUUGAAGUUUUAAUAAAACCAAAUUUAAAAAAAAAUACUUUUGUCGAAAUAGUAAAUACUUGAUUUAUGACAAUUCUAUAUCAUAUAUAAUACGAAAAAUAUUCGUCCAUAUUGAAUGGGCGGUAAUGAACUCAGAAAAUGAAACUUAAAUUGUUUUGUGCAUGACCGCGUGUAAGAAAGAAUAGUACAGAUUUUCGUGUCAGGGUCGACCUACGUGAGUAUCGUUACAAUGGUCAGAACUAUAUAUGACUUCGGUCUUUCGAUUACAGAAGGCUUGAAAUACAGUCCAUUCAAGACACUGAGUUAUUAUGGUUUUAAUGUGAGUUUUCUCCUUUUUUUCUGUUUAGUUGUUUACGCUUUUCCGGAGCGCAGAGAGAAAAUUCUAAAAAAACAUCUUUCAACGUUCACAUCAUCCGAACCCGUAUUGAGGAGCUAUAUCGAACUAUUGUUGCAAUUAAAAUAUUGUAAUACCUUUUAAUAUAAUAAUGCUAAAUACUACUAAAUAUAAUACUGCAAUAUACAAUAAUAAACUGUGUUUGGUUUCUGGUCUCAUAUUAUUUUAUUUUAUACUAGCAUACUGUACUUGUAUCUUUCUUCGGAUAUUCUCCGCCAUUCUUUUUUUUUUGAAUUAUUAAUAAUUCGACGCGAAAUGGUAAGGGCAAUGAUUAUAAUAUUAUAUACGAGUGUCUUCUUCGCGCUAACAGUAUUUAAUGGCUCAAACCGACGACACAACUAUAAUAUAUAAUAUGCGGUGAAUAAUAUAAUCGAUAAUAAUAAUAAUAAUAAUAACAUAAUCGAAUGAUGUUAUCAAAGCGUUAGUGGCUCUACAUAUUGUGUUAAAAAUUAUUGAUGUGAAUGUCGCGUGGAAUCAAUACUAAUGAUCGAGUAUGGACCGAUUUGUGUACGAUUGGUGUAAAUACAAGUUUCAUACCUCCCUCUCACCCGAUCAUGUCUGAAUUUCUCUCUUUAGCUACAAUAAUUCAUUGUCUUCGAGGUUAAUUAGGUCCCAAGGGUCCUAUACAUAUUAUGUUUAACUGACGUUCAUAAAUAUUAGUUCCCAGGAGACGUUCGAGUAAUAGUACAGGGUGGUACACUGAUACAUAACGAUUUAUAAUAAUUUCUUCGGUUGUUAGUAAAAACUGACAACUAAUAGACCAUAUUAUUAAUUUCGCUACAAGAAACUUUUAAAGCUUAGACCUUAUUGACCGAAAAAGCGUAAAUAGAAAGGAAAAAAUCAUUACUAAUAAAAAAUCCAUUAGCCAUGGGCUUUGAACAGAAUCUAAAAACAAUGCUUAAGAUAAGACGUAUAUUUUGUUAAGUACGUCAUAUUUAUAUAAUAAAUUAAACUAUUCUAUUCGCAUUAUUUACAAAUUAAGUAGAUAACUGAAAACUGAAUAAUCAAAUACACCUGCUGCAGUUCACAUUUACAAUAGGUAGACCAUAAUAAAUAGACGCGAUAUCACAUAAGUCUUAAACGUGUACGCAACUACAUUUUGGGGUAUUUGAAACUUACAAUGGUAUCAAAUGUGAAAAGUUUUCUAGUUUUCAAAAAACCUCCAUUGCGAUUCCGGUGAAAACAGUUUUCUCUUUCAAAGGUUAGUAGAAAAUUGUAAAUAAGCUAAAUGGGGCUGAUUUUGAUUGGAUUAAACGUUUACAAAUUAUAUUCAAUUGAAUUAAAUGUGUUGAGCUUAAGGGCUCAAAUAAAAAUAAAAAAACGAAAAACAGCAAAUAAUAUAAUAGUACAGACCCGUGAAAGCGAAAAUAAAAUGUAUAUAUUUACUUAGAACCAAAAUAUACGUUAACAUUUUAUGUUCCUGAUGAAUAAAAACUCAUCGCACAUAUUCUAAAAGAGUGUUAAAAGCGCUAAUAUAUACGCAGAAUAGUAGGUAAGUAGGUAUCUAAAGUUAUGACGUAAAAUUAUGUUAGCUAUGUAUCAAUCGAAUAUCCAUACGGUGCAAGUUAAAAAGAGAUCCAUACAGCAUUGUAUGCUGUCAUAUAUUAUUGUCACGCCAUAUUAAGGUACGUCUUAUCAAUUUACGUUUAUUCACAUUGAUCCAUAAUUCGGUCAUUUUUAUAACGGCAUAACAAUAUCAUCACCAUAUUAUCGUGUUCACAAUAAAAUAAAAUAUAAUCACUAGAAGCUAUUAUGCGUCAUUAUUUAUACAACACGAGAUUAACAAUCGCAAAAAUGACGUCGUGGGACACAAAGACUUGGAAGCCGCGCCAGUAUUGUGUACGUAUUAUUAUUUUAAAUUUGAAAGUAAUGAUUAAUCAUUCCGUUUGUAAAACGAUUCUGAACAAAACUCGGGUCGCCCAAAUACUAUUAAGCUGUUCGGAAGAACGAGCGCCUUGCAUACAUUUUUCAUUUUUUUCCCUCAUCGGUUUAAGCUACCGAGAAACGGAAAAAAAUGUCGUUUGCAGCUAAGUACAAUCUUUGUUCGAUUUCCAAUCUAUAUAGAAGCGGUCUGCAUGAAACGUUUAAAGCACCCGUUCUGUACAGAGUGAUGAUAUAAAAACUAAAAAAAAAAAAUAGUGAUCACUGUUGUAAAGCAAAAGUCGAAAAAUUCGCCUCGAAAUAUUAAUCCAAGAUAUUAUAAAAAUAAGUGCAGUAAUAUUAAAAUUGAAUUAUGUAUGACAUACACAAUAUAUUACAUGGUUAAUAAAUUUAAUAUUAAUAAUAUAUAUAUACAGGCUGCAAAGUCGUUUACUAGCGAUGAUUGUAUCUACUAUCGAGUUUUCUUCGGAGGUAUUAUAUUAUUUAUAGUAAUUAUUAAUAUAAUAUAUGUUUACACAAUGCGCCUCUAUCGAUUACUUUAAGUACUGGUUCAAAUAUCGGUUGUCAGGGUAUAGGAUAUCAUAAAGAUCGCAUUAUUUAUUUCGUCAUCAUUAUAUAAUAUUAUUAUCAUCGUUAUUAUUUUUAUUAUUAUUAUUAUUAUUAUUAUUAUUAUACAUGCGAUGAUUAUAAGCUACCAUGUUGAAUUAUAUCGUUUUAUAAAAAUGUACAGACAAUAUGAAACAGUUAUGACUAUAAAUUGACAGUCUGGAGGCACAUUAUUCUGACUUCAAAGGUACUUCUGUGACACACAUUUAGCGACAUAUUAUUAUUAUUACCUAUUUUAUAAUAAUAUCAUAUUAAUAUGAACGAGAAAAAUCGAAAUCCAUGGGACGGCCGUCGACCGUCAUUGGACCGUUGGUGGGAAACGCCUGAAAACGAAAAUGAUGAAAUGCCGGAAAAAAUUACCAGUCCACCAAAAGCAAUAGAAAAUACAAAACAAUGGAUCGAUCGAUCUUCGCAGCAGCCGAACAAAAAUACCGGUGGUAAAAACCGCAUAGUAUCCAUUGCAAAGAAACCGGAUUGCACCGAAAUCUGCAAAAUCAAACCAUGUCUGUGUAUAAAGCUUAAAUUGGUUAUCAAAAUGAACACGGAUCGCUUAACGGAUGACGUGUGUAGUUUGUACGACCAGUGGCUGUGUGGACCGCUGGCCACCAACUUGGAGUUCCACAGUGAGUUGUUAACACUCAUCGGUGUUCUCAAAAAGAUCAUAAAAGACUUAAACAGUACGACCGGCAAUCAUGGUGAACUGGAGUCGUUAAUAAAACGCCAUAGUCAAUGCCAGAGCAAGUAUCAGAUAUUGUUAACGCAAUUGGACCAAUAUAAUAUGCCGAGUCAACUCAGAGAACGUUGCGAAUGUACGCCGAACGACGGGGGAAAAAAAUAAAAAAAAUUUACAAAUAAACAUCACUAAUGUUACAUAGGUUUUAUUUUUUACAAGUAGUAAUAUGUAGUUUCAACGUUACUAAUUCAUAAUCUUGUUUUAAUUAUUUAAUUAUUUUGAAUAUAAUAAUAUAAUAUAAUUUUAAAAUUUUAAACAUAAUGGUAUAUGAUACUAUAUACAGGGUGGUCAGUGGAAAACGGAUGUUUUUGCAAUUGGUAUAACUGGGAAUAGCAUGGUCCCCCAAGGUUGCUGGCACUGUUAUCUUGUAACUCGGGAAUGUAAUUUUAGUAGUCAUGGACAAGUGGAGCGUUUUUGCUGUUUCCGAAUUUAUUCUGAAAUGGCGAGUCAAUUGUAUCCACGCGACGUGCUUUCCGUCGUCGGUUUAAACUUGGUGUACGUGACAUUGUUCCAGCGCGUAACACAAUUUUGCGGUGGGUAAACAAUUUUCGUACACAUGGUAGUGUGGCGGAAAAGAAAAAACUCGGUCCUACACCAGCAGUAGUUACGCCUGAAAAUGUUGAACGUGUAAGAGUGUCCGUUUUGCAGAGUCCACGUCGGUCCACCAGACGCCGCUCUCAAUCGCUAGACAUUGCUCGCACAAGUUUAAUGACAAUUUUGAAUAAACAAUUGAAGUUCCACCCUUACAAAAUAGUGAUCGUUCAAAAACUUCAACCGACUGACUACACUCAACGUGAACAGUUUAGGAGGCGCAUGUUUCAAAUUUUUAAAGAUCCACAUGCAGUGGUGAUGUUGACGGAUGAAGCCCACUUCCAUUUAGACGGUUAUGUUAACAAACAAAACUGUCGAUAUUGGGCUGCUCAAAACCCGCGAGAAUUGCAUCAUCGGCCUCUACACAGUCAAAAAGUAACGGUAUGGUGUGGAAUUUCCCACCUCGGAAUAAUUGGGCACUAUUUUUUCGAAAACGAGUGAGAAGAAGCAGUGACUAUCAACUCUGAGCGUUACCUCAGUAUGCUCCAAGAAUUUCUCAUCCCUCAUCUCGAAGAAAAUUAAGUUGACUUAGAAAAAAUCUGGUUUCAACAAGACGGAGCCACGGCUCACACCACGAGAGUUUCCAUUGCUUUUUUGCAAACAAUAUUCCCCGGGCGCGUUAUUUCCUGACAUGGUGACGUUCCCUGGCCUCCGCGCUCCCCCGAUAUCACUCCCUGUGACUUUUUCCUUUGGAGCUACGUAAAGUCAAAAGUGUAUGUGGACAAAUCAAGAAACAUUCAGGAGUUGAAGGAGUCAAUUAGACGUGAAAUUGUCGAAAUUCCGGACGAUAUGGUGAAGAAAGUGAUGGGCAACUUCAGGGACCGUCUUGUAUUAUAAGAAAAAUACAGUUAAACAAGAAGUCGGGCACUUUCAAGCGAAAUCAUUUUAUAGUCACAAUUCACAACUCACACUUACAAUUUGAAACAGAAUAUCAAAAAUAAUAUUACUGAAUACUAAUUUUUUUCUGCAUUGUUUUUUUUUUACCUUUCUAUUUAUUUAAUAUAAAUUACAUUUGUGAAAUUGUAAAUGCUAAAGGAUAAAAAAUUACAAAAACAUAUUUUUGCACUAGAACAAUAAUUAGUUAACUAUAGUAACGAUUUUCUUUUAAUUACUUAUUGAAAUAUUUGAAAAUUAAUAACAGCAUCUUGACGAUUUCAAUUACAAGUAAAUAUUAUAGGUAGUUCAACAAUCAUCAAUUAUUCAUCAGUAAUAAUUGGGUAGAGAUAUUUUUUAAAUAAUCAAAGAAACAUUAUAAAA